CCUGGUUGUCCUUGGGGAUCGAGGUUCGGAUUCUGCCUGCCUCGCGUGGUUCGCUAUCCGGCGGGCACAAGGCUCGGUUCUGAUUAUUAAACAGAAACAGUUUAACCCGCUCUAUAACCCAACUGAAUCGGAUUCCUAUUCGGCUGCUGGCGGGGAGCCACACACGUGAAAUAGUGGGUUGACGAAGACAUUCUGGCCCACCUCGACUAAUUUGAGCGCACACCAAGCGCGACUAACUAUACUUUAUGAUUCAAACAUACCUCGUUGUCUCUGCCAUUAUCUGCGCAAUCAUCGCAGAAGGAUGGCGUUCCACGCGAAAGAAGGUGAAUGGUAUGCCACUCCCACCUGGACCGCGCUUGCUGCCUUUCGUGGGGAAUAUCCUUGACAUCGAUGCGGCUCAUCCAUGGUUAACUUAUGCAAAAUGGGGAAAGCAGUAUGGUGACAUUGUAUACGCGCGUCUUUUUGGCCAGCACUUCAUCAUCAUCAACUCUGAGAAAGUCGCUAGGGCCGUUGUGGACAAACGCUCAGCGAUAUAUUCUGAUCGUCCCGUCAUCGCUACAAACGAGUAUUUUGGAUUGUCGUUUAACACAGGACUCCAGCCAUACGGUGAUACAUUCCGGAUGCACCGCAAACUUUAUCAUCAGUCCAUGCGUAUUGAAGUAACAAAUUCGUACCAGGAUCUGUAUCUCCGCAAGGCUCACGAGCUCAUUGUAAAUCUAUUGGAUGACUCCAAUAAGGUCGAAGGUCACCUCAACACACUUGCGUCGUCUCUUAUCAUGGCAGUCACAUAUGGAUACGAGACCAAGCCAAAGGAUGAUCCCUUCGUAGACACUAUUCAGAAGAUCAUUCACAUAAUAUCCGAAGUCAUAUCUCCUGAAAGAGCGGCCCUGCAGAUGUUCUUCCCUUUUCUGCAUCGACUGCCAUCCUUUGUGCCAGGGGGUAAGUACAAGAAGAUGGCCCCAGAAUGCCGUAGAUUGGCUGCGACUAUACAGGAGGAACCCUUCGAGUACGUGAAAAAACAAAUGGCAGAGGGUGAAGCCCGUCCAUCUAUGGCGGUUGCUGCAACUGCAUACAUCGCCGGGUCCGAGACGACCUCAGCAACAUUGCACAUGUUCCUCCUGGCAGUGCUUCUUUAUCCGGAAGUCCAGACCCGCGCCAGAGCAGACAUCAACGCAGUGUGCGGACCGGACAGAGUUCCAACUUUCCAAGAUAGGAAGUCACUGCCAUACAUUGAAGCUAUCUGUCGUGAAACCCUCAGAUGGCAGCCUGUUGCACCCCUCGGUCUUCCGCAUGCAACCUCAUGCGAUGAUGUUUAUGAUGGCUUCUUCAUUCCCAAAGGUACCAUGGUGAUGUUGAAUGCAUGGGCCAUGGGUCACGAUAAGGAAUUGUAUCCCGACCCGUCACGUUUUGAUCCCGGUCGCCAUUUAACUGCAGACGGACAGUUAAAAGAUGAGCCAACGUACAGUCAUUUUGGUUUUGGUUUUGGAAGGAGAAUUUGUCCAGGCCGUUUCUUCGCAGCCAGCUCCUUAUGGGCGGCCGUUGUUUCGGUUUUGUCGACUGUCGAGAUCACAAAUGCAAAAGGCGAAGAUGGCAAGGAUAUCAAUGUCGAGCCGAAAUUCACCAGUGGUGUUGGAAUCCGCCCCGAAUACUUUCCGUGCUCUAUGCGCAGUAUAUCUUCGGCUAGGGAGGAGCAGAUGCGAAUGAUGUGGAAAAGCUGAUGCUGACUGGUCAGUGAGUUUAUAUUAUCUGUAUUGUAAGCAUGUUCGCAGUAUGCAUGUAUCAGAUAAUUGGGAGAGAUGCGUGCUGGAGCUCUGGAGGGUUGCAUGCGUUGCUAAAAGUUUAAAUUUCAUUGGUCGGAAAAACGAUAAUCGAUUUCUAUUGGCUAACGAACGACACUGAAGCUUAGAUAAGAAAGUAAUGAUAUUCGUAUUCGACCC